AGUCAAAUAUACUGCACUUUGCAUCAGCACUUUGUGCUGUGCAGACACCCCAGUGCACACGUCCUUCCUUCUACUGCUGCUGGUCCUUGCAAAGCAGGAUCUCAAGAAACCAACAUAAGAAGAUCCACCAAGAGAAAGACAAUUUCGAUUAAUACAUUAUUACAGAAGGAAGACUAAUACAACUGUCUUUGCAAUUUGACCUCCCAAUUCCUGCACCAAGAAAACCGCCACACAAAUUGCAGUGAUGCCACUGUCAGGAACUCCAGCCCCAAACAAAAGGAAAAAGUCUACAAAAAUCAUCAUGGAGCUGAACGCUACAGGAGUAGGAGAACAAGAUUCCUCAAGACUGAAUUUGGGAAAGAAGAUCAGUGUCCCCAGGGAUAUUAUGCUGGAAGAGCUUUCUUUAUUAAGCAAUAAGGGCUCCAAGAUGUUUAAACUACGGCAAAAGAGAGUGGAAAAGUUCAUCUACGAGAAUAAUCCUGACGUGUUCUCUGACAAUUCCUUGGACCACUUCCAGAAGUUUAUACCAUCUGUUGGAGGACAGUUUGGUGUUGGUGGCCAAACAGGUGUUGGAGGAGGCGGUUAUGGCUUAAUACAAGGCAGUGGACAAUUCGUGUCAAGUCUGUCUGGAGGACAACAUGGACAUGGAGGUCAACCACCUGUUCCUCCACCAAAACCAGGAAGCAAGGCUGGUGCAGGGGGACAGCAAGGCACCGGUGGUAGUGGUGGAGGACAAGGGGGAGCUGUGAUUGUUGAUGGUGUAGGAGGAAAAGAUGGUCAGUCUGGUCAACAGGGAGGUGAAGGUGGGAAACAUAUCACUAUAUUUAAGACCUACCUCUCCCCUUGGGAAAAAGCCAUGGGUAUGGACCCUCAGCAAGCAGCACAACUUAACAUAAACCUACUGGAUUAUGGUUCCAAGGCUGAACUUUGCAAAUAUAAAUCAUUCAACAGGUCAGCAAUGCCUUAUGGAGGGUAUGAGAAAGCAUCAAAACUGAUGACUUUCCAGAUGCCUGAAUUUGACGCUGGACCUGAAGAAUCUGAACCUGUGACUAUCUUCAACGCAACUGUCACCAACAGACCGUCCUUCAACAGGACACCAAUUGGUUGGUUGGGAUCCGGUGACAACACAAACUACAACAUCGAAAUUACCGUACCUGUUGACGGCGAAACAGAUGAACUCUAAAGCCACAGCUCUCUAGGACAAAAAAAUCUGCAGCCUGUAGGUGUAUGAGAAUAUACAGAUAUGACCUGUCCCAAUGGCCAUCAAGCCUCAUUAAGCCAUCUGCAAACACCUGCAAUAUACUGUGACUCUAUAUCAGCCAAUGGCACAGGUCACAUCAAGCCACGCCCCAAUGUGCUCUGUUUAUAAAGCAGCCAGGCUUCCCCAUGUAUGUUAAUGUAAACCGUAGCUCUCUGUGGUGGUCUUUGUUUUAAUGGAAAGCAGGCAAAGUUUAAACUGGUCAGUAAGAGAGAAAUAAGACAAUGUAAUAAGAUACCUAGAAGAAGAUAAAGAAAGCUUCAUGUUUUGUAAACUGUGGCAAAAAGAAAAUAACAGUCUGUAAACAUUUAACCUAUGUGCUCCUGAAACCCUAUGCUCUAACAUUUACAAUUUUUCAUUAGUUUCACUGAAUAAACACGUACAGAAUCUA